UAACCUUGAAAUUGCUUGAAAUAGUUUGAGAUUAUUUCAGGUUACAUGUGUGUUGCAGUGAUUUAAAAUGUUUAAUUUAAUUAAGCAUAAGAAGUUAAUUAAUAUUAGAACUUUCUGCACAAAGAAUAAUGCAUACGACGUUAUUGUAGUUGGUGGAGGACAUGCAGGGACUGAAGCUUGUGCAGCAGCAGCCCGGAUGGGUGCCAAAACCCUUUUGGUUACUCACAAGAAGAGUACAGUGGGUGAAAUGUCAUGUAACCCUUCGUUCGGUGGUAUUGGCAAAGGACAUUUGUUGAGGGAAGUUGAUGCUCUGGAUGGUGUAUGCUCAAAGAUUUGUGAUUUGUCUGGAAUACAAUACAAGGUUUUGAAUAAGAGGAAAGGUCCUGCAGUUUGGGGAUUGAGAGCCCAGAUUGACAGAGUUUUGUACAAGACUCAUUUGCAGAAUGAAAUAUUUAACAAUACAAAAAAUUUGGAUAUUAUAGAGGCCUCAGUGGAAGAUUUGAUUACAGAGAAUGGUGAUGUGAGCAAGUGUUGUGGGAUUCUUUUAGCAGAUGGCACACAGAUUUCUUCAAAGACUGUUGUCAUUACAACAGGAACUUUCCUCAAAGCUCAAAUCAAUAUAGGACUGAAGGUUUUUCCAGCUGGCAGGAUGGGAGAUGCUUCUUCCAUUGGUUUGGCUAACACUUUGGAGAGAAUUGGCUUACAGAUGGGAAGACUGAAGACUGGAACACCGCCAAGACUAAGGGCUAACAGUAUCGACUAUGAUAAAUGCACGGUGCAAGGCGGUGAUGAUCCGCCCGUACCAUUCUCCUUCAUGAGCGAAAGCGUCUGGAUUAAGCCCGAAGAUCAGUUGGAUUGUUUCUUAACCAAUACCAGUCUCGAUAUUGAGCCGAUCGUUAAGGAUAACAUACACUUAAACAAGCACGUGGCGGAGGAAGUUACUGGUCCUCGAUAUUGUCCGAGCAUAGAAUCGAAAAUAUUGAAGUUUGGUGGUAGGAUUCAUCACGUUUGGUUGGAACCUGAAGGAUUCGAUAGCGACCUCAUUUAUCCCAAUGGACUAUCCUGUACGCUUCCCGAAGAUCUGCAGCAAAUUUUAAUCAACAAAAUACCGGCUCUAGAGAAGGCGGAGAUUGUGAAACCUGGCUACGGCGUGGAAUACGAAUUUGUGGAUCCCAGGGAGCUGCGCAACUCUCUGGAACUGAAGAAGAUAAAUGGCUUGUUUUUAGCCGGUCAAAUCAAUGGCACCACCGGCUACGAAGAGGCGGCCGCUCAAGGGAUAAUCGCAGGAAUCAAUGCUGCUGCAAAGUGCUUGCAACGCAAACCAUUGAUUUUGAGUCGCACGGAAGGCUACAUUGGUGUGCUGAUUGACGAUCUGACAACUUUAGGUACGAACGAACCUUAUCGGAUAUUCACGAGCCGCGCCGAGUUUCGGUUGACACUACGACCGGAUAACGCGGAUUUAAGAUUGACUAAGCGCGGAUACGAUAUGGGAUGCGUCUCCGAAGAACGCUACAAACGCACCGAAAUGGUGUACCAGAAGCUGUCGGAAGGUGUCGACAUUUUAAAGUCGCGCAGCAAAACUGUCUCAAAAUGGAGGGAACUUAUGGGUAUUGAAUCUUCUGUGAAUAAUAUGCAAAGAAACGGUUUCGAGAUGAUGCAAAGCGGAUCGGAGCGCAUCACCGUAGAGUCCUUGGCCAAGGUCGAACCGACGUUCCAAAAGCUCCUGGAGGAUUCCAGGAUAGCUCAGCGGUUAGAAAUCGAAGCUUUAUAUCAUAUGGCAAUCGCGUCACAAGCAGGAGAAGUCGAAGAGGUGAUAAGGGACGAGGCCCUUCUAAUUCCACUAGAUCUAGAUUACAAUUCGGAUUCGUUGAAUAUGAGCCUGGAGGAUCGCGAGAAGCUAAUCAAAAUACAGCCGCCCACAAUCGCAGCUGCAAGUCGGAUUCCUGGAGUCACACCGUCGGCAGUUUACAGGCUGCUCAGGUUCGUCAAGAACACGACGCUCGAGAAACGCCCGAAUAAAAGAACCAACUUCCUACUGUAAUAUUAAAUAUAUUUUACCUUCUUUUUAUUAUAAAAAUUAAUAAAAAAUAAUAACAGAUUUAGUCUUUUC